AUGGGUGUCCAAUACAAAGGUCUUGACUGUCUUUUAGACAUCAACAACGCAACAUACCUCGAAUAUGGAGAUCAAUCGCUCCUAAAGAUUUCUGAGGAUAGUUUGGCUCGUUUUGGAAGGAUUACCAUAUACUUCGGUGUUGCAACUGUCUUCGUAAGUACUUCAAAAUACCUUUUCUACAGGCUAGCUGACAAGAGGUACACUUUGGGGUCUACAGAGUAUGGUUUCCUCACAUCGCUUGUAUUUGUAUUUACAGCAUACUUCCGUUUCAUUGCAUACCAACCUGUGCCGAGAGUACUUACGACAUGGCUCUCAUUUCCAUUUUCGUGGGGAAAUUGUCUUUAUGCCAUGGUGACUUCGAUCUAUCUCUUGUGUGUUUGCCUCAUUCCACACUUUUGGUACCGUGGAUGUUUUGGAUUUGGAUUUCCUCCAUUAGGAGAUAGAGCAGGUGUCAUGGCCACAUCCUUGAUGCCAUUUCUCUACCUGUUGUCUGGUAAAUUCAACUUGAUUUCAUUUUUGACAGGAAUUGGUUACGAGAAGUUGAACUGGCUCCACCAGUAUUUGGGUGUUGCUGUGUUAACUUUGGCUCUAAUGCAUUGCAUUCCAUUCAUCUACCAACCCUUAAGAGAAGGUGGUAUCCUGUAUCUUCGUGAUAGCUUUCAGUCCAUUGAAGACUAUCAGCAUGGUACAGCAGCAUUUGUUCUUCUCUUCUUGUUGUGUUGCAUGUUCAAGCGUGAGAUCAGACAACGCAUGUAUGAAAUCUCCUUCCAUUUUCACUGGAUAUUAGGUGUGGGUUUCUUCGCAGCCUUGACUUUUCAUGUUUACGGGAUGUUAGCAAUGCAAAAUUAUAUGUGGGCUACUUUGGGCAUCUGGUUUGUCCAGUGGAUAGUGAGAGUUUUUCGCUAUGGACUCGUUCGGAGUCGAACAGCUCAUCUCGAAGUCAAAGGACAUUCUUCGUUUGAAAUCAUAGUCCAAAAUCCCAGCGGCAUCGAAUGGGUUGCAGGGCAACACUGUUUAUUAAGAUUUCCAGGUGUUGGUCCACUUGAGAACCAUCCAUUUUCUAUUGCUAGUACAGAGAAGGAUGAACAUUUGAAAUUUCUCAUAAUUUCCAGAAGUGGAUUCACCCGGAGAUUGUUCAAUCUGAUUGGCGAAACCCAACAGAAGAAGAGAGUUAUUGUUGAUGGACCAUACGGUGGAAUUUCUAGAAACCCGUCGUCAUUUGAUCAGAUCAUUUUGGUUGCAUCAGGAAACGGUGUGACUGCCACUAUACCAUACUUAAUCUCGCUGGCCAACUCAGCUACACCUCAACUUGUACGUUUUAUUUGGAUUGUGAGGGAGAUUGGUGACGUUCAAUGGUUUGAGGAGGAAUUGAAUAGAUGCUACGAGGUUGCAAGCGAGAGAAUCAUCAUCGACAUCUAUGUGACUUCAGAGACUGAGCAGAAGAUAAGCGAUGAGAAAUUAACUAUCAAAUAUGGAAAGCCAAAUAUUCCCUCUAUCGUAUCGCCAAUGAGAAAUGCUUUACUGAGAAGAAAUCUCAUGGUUUGCUCUGGAAGCGAUUCAUUGAAAAGGGAAAUCUGCUCAUUAGCUGCAGAGUUUCAGACUGCUGUUUUCGGUAAUCUGCAUGUCGAAGAAGUUUGUUUAUACACCGAGACAUACUCAAUCUAA